AUGUCCGCCCAAAUCGAAGAAGGAACUGCUCGUGCCUCUCUCGGCGAAAAUAACUUCCUCACCGAACAGAACAAUCACGCUGUAGUUGGACUGGGCGCAGAAACUAAGUGGCACGUCAAGGCCUAUAACAUCACUGACGACAGUCCCCCACUUUUCAUGAUCCUCAUGACGGGCAAGGGCUCAGAAGAAGAACGGUGUUUGACCCUGGAUACCAACCAGGGGGAAAACGAGAACAAUAUUAUGCUAGAAUCUCCGGAGAUGCCGAGGCCAAAGACGUCCCAGUUAUGGACCUUUGAGGAAGCGAUUAUGCUGAAACGACUUCCUCCAAUCAUGCUCGCCCGUGUUCAGAGCGUUGCUAGGCCUUGGCUCUCGGCCGCCGUUGGUGGAAACGUGCCUUUACCAAAGAUAUAUCAAAACAUCGCAGGUGUCCCGAAUGACCCCGGGUCGGAAUCUCAGAGGUGGAACUUUGACUAUAUGCGCGAGGAAUGA